CUGGUAGUUUCCAAUGAACGUGCACAAGCAAUGCUUUACUGAGCUUUUCGACAAGCAAAAUCUGGUCUAUCUGACACCCCACUGCCGCGAGGAUCUAGUCACAUACAACCCGAACGACAUAUACAUAGUUGGCGCCAUGGUGGAUACGAUGAACAACGAGCCCCUCUCGCUGGCCAAGGCGAAGCGGCUGGGUCUGCGCAUGGCGCGCUUGACUCUGGAUCGAUACCUGCAGUGGGGAUCUGGUUCCGGAAAAUCCCUCACCCUCAACCAAAUGAUCAACAUCAUGCUCGAUCUGAAGAAAACCGGCAAUUGGGAUUCCGCGUUGAAGCAUGUGCCACGCAGAAAGGUCGUUGACAUGGACACCCAGCGAAGGGCAGACGACAGUCGAAAGGCUCUUGGGACGAGGGCUAGAAAGCUCAACGUGCGUAUCGAUCAUCUGCUCGACUUUGAGGAGGAGCGCAGACACACGACGGCCUUUGCCACACCCCAGACAUUGCGUCAACGCAAAGAGGGAAUGGAGUUUCAACUGGACACAUGGGCGGCGGGUAAGAAGAAAAAGAAAAGGGAGAACUGAAUAAACAACAUUUAUUGAA